AUGGGUGGGGACAGCAACAAUACGGAAGGAGAACUUGACACGCCCCAGGUCUCCUUAUUCUCCUCUGUGUGGCUCAAGAUUUAUGUUUCUUUUUCUCUCAGCUUGGUUUCUCUCAUACGAGGCCAAGUAGUAACUACAGAUGGGACUCCUCUGGUUGGAGUGAACGUGUCUUUUGUCAAGUACCCAAAAUACGGCUACACCAUUACCCGCCAAGAUGGCACGUUUGACCUGAUCGCCAACGGGGGUGCCUCCUUGACCCUGCACUUUGAGCGAGCCCCGUUCAUGAGCCAGGAGCGCACUGUGUGGUUGCCGUGGAAUAGCUUUUACGCCAUGGACACCUUGGUGAUGAAGACCGAGGAGAACUCCAUCCCCAGCUGUGACCUCAGUGGCUUUGUCCGACCAGAUCCUAUCAUCAUCUCCUCCCCACUGUCCACCUUCUUCAGUGCGGCCCCAGGGCAGAAUCCCAUCGUGCCUGAGACCCAGGUUCUUCAUGAAGAAAUUGAGCUCCCUGGUUCCAGUGUGAAGCUUCGCUACCUGAGCUCCAGGACCGCAGGCUAUAAGUCUCUGUUGAAGAUCACCAUGACCCAGUCCACGGUGCCCCUGAACCUUAUCAAGGUUCACCUGAUGGUAGCUGUAGAGGGGCACCUCUUCCAGAAGUCAUUCCAGGCCUCUCCCAACCUAGCCUACACCUUCAUCUGGGAUAAGACAGAUGCAUAUGGCCAAAGGGUGUAUGGACUGUCUGAUGCUGUUGUGUCUGUUGGGUUUGAAUACGAGACCUGUCCCAGUCUAAUUCUGUGGGAGAAAAGGACAGCCCUCCUUCAGGGAUUUGAGCUGGACCCUUCCAACCUCGGUGGCUGGUCUCUGGACAAACAUCACAUCCUCAAUGUUAAAAGUGGAAUCCUACACAAGGGCACUGGGGAGAACCAGUUCCUGACCCAGCAGCCUGCCAUCAUCACCAGCAUCAUGGGCAAUGGCCGCCGCCGAAGCAUUUCCUGUCCCAGUUGCAAUGGCCUUGCCGAAGGCAACAAGCUGUUGGCCCCAGUAGCUCUGGCUGUUGGAAUUGAUGGGAGCCUCUUCGUUGGAGAUUUCAAUUACAUCCGGCGCAUCUUUCCCUCUCGAAAUGUGACCAGCAUUUUGGAGUUACGAAAUAAAGAGUUUAAACAUAGCAACAACCCAGCACACAAGUACUAUUUGGCAGUAGACCCUGUGUCCGGCUCUCUCUACGUGUCUGACACCAACAGUCGGCGAAUCUACCGAGUCAAGUCUCUAAGCGGAGCUAAAGACCUGGCUGGGAAUUCAGAAGUGGUGGCAGGGACUGGAGAGCAAUGCUUGCCCUUCGAUGAAGCCCGCUGUGGAGAUGGAGGGAAGGCCGUGGAUGCCACCCUGAUGAGCCCUCGAGGUAUUGCAGUAGACAAGAACGGGCUCAUGUACUUUGUUGAUGCCACCAUGAUCCGGAAGGUUGACCAGAAUGGAAUCAUCUCUACCUUGCUGGGCUCCAAUGACCUCACUGCUGUCCGGCCACUGAGCUGUGACUCCAGCAUGGAUGUGGCCCAGGUUCGCCUGGAGUGGCCAACAGACCUCGCUGUCAACCCCAUGGACAAUUCCCUGUAUGUUCUCGAGAACAACGUCAUCCUUCGAAUCACUGAGAAUCACCAAGUCAGCAUCAUCGCGGGACGCCCCAUGCACUGCCAGGUUCCUGGGAUUGACUAUUCACUCAGCAAACUAGCCAUUCAUUCUGCGCUGGAGUCGGCCAGUGCCAUUGCCAUUUCCCACACCGGGGUCCUCUAUAUCACUGAGACAGAUGAGAAGAAGAUUAACCGUCUACGCCAGGUCACAACCAACGGGGAGAUCUGCCUUCUAGCUGGGGCAGCCUCAGACUGUGACUGCAAAAACGAUGUCAAUUGCAACUGCUACUCGGGAGAUGAUGCCUAUGCAACCGAUGCCAUCUUGAAUUCCCCAUCAUCCUUAGCUGUAGCUCCAGAUGGUACCAUUUACAUCGCAGACCUUGGAAAUAUUCGGAUUAGGGCAGUCAGCAAAAACAAGCCCCUUCUUAAUGCUUUCAACCAGUAUGAGGCUGCAUCCCCUGGAGAACAGGAGCUGUAUGUUUUCAACGCCGAUGGCAUCCACCAGUACACUGUGAGCCUGGUGACUGGGGAGUACUUGUACAAUUUCACUUAUAGUGCCGACAAUGAUGUCACUGAAUUGAUUGACAAUAACGGCAAUUCCCUGAAGAUCCGUCGGGACAGUAGUGGCAUGCCCCGCCACCUGCUCAUGCCUGACAACCAGAUCAUCACCCUCACAGUGGGCACCAACGGAGGUCUCAAAGUCGUGUCCACGCAGAAUCUAGAGCUUGGCCUCAUGACCUAUGAUGGGAACACUGGCCUCCUAGCCACCAAGAGUGAUGAAACAGGAUGGACAACUUUCUAUGAGAAGCUAACGUGCCCAGGUGAUGUCUCUCAAACCAAGCCCAUUGUGUUUUCCCAGGUCCAUGGAAGAAAUCUCUUGUCCAUUGACUAUGACCGGAAUAUUCGGACAGAAAAGAUCUAUGAUGAUCACCGGAAGUUCACCCUGAGGAUCAUUUAUGACCAGGUGGGCCGCCCGUUCCUCUGGCUCCCCAGCAGUGGGCUGGCAGCAGUCAACGUCUCAUACUUCUUCAAUGGGCGCUUGGCUGGCCUUCAGCGUGGGGCCAUGAGUGAGAGGACAGACAUUGACAAGCAAGGCCGAAUCGUGUCCCGCAUGUUCGCUGAUGGGAAAGUGUGGAGCUACUCCUACCUUGACAAAUCUAUGGUCCUCCUGCUUCAGAGUCAGCGUCAGUACAUAUUUGAGUAUGACUCCUCCGACCGUCUCCACGCCGUCACCAUGCCCAGUGUUGCCCGGCACAGCAUGUCCACCCAUACCUCCAUUGGCUACAUCCGCAACAUUUAUAAUCCCCCUGAAAGCAAUGCUUCAGUCAUUUUUGACUACAGUGAUGAUGGCCGCAUCCUCAAGACGUCCUUUUUGGGCACCGGGCGCCAGGUAUUCUACAAGUAUGGGAAACUCUCCAAGUUAUCAGAGAUAGUCUAUGACAGUACUGCUGUCACUUUCGGAUAUGAUGAGACCACUGGCGUUUUAAAAAUGGUCAGUCUCCAAAGUGGGGGUUUCUCCUGCACAAUCAGGUACCGGAAGAUUGGCCCACUGGUGGACAAGCAGAUCUACAGGUUCUCUGAGGAAGGCAUGGUCAAUGCCAGGUUCGACUACACCUAUCAUGACAACAGCUUCCGGAUUGCAAGCAUCAAGCCCGUCAUAAGUGAGACUCCCCUUCCUGUUGAUCUCUACCGCUAUGAUGAGAUUUCUGGCAAGGUGGAGCAUUUUGGCAAGUUCGGAGUCAUCUAUUAUGAUAUAAACCAGAUCAUCACCACCGCGGUAAUGACCCUCAGCAAACACUUUGACACCCACGGGAGGAUCAAGGAAGUCCAGUAUGAGAUGUUUCGGUCCCUCAUGUACUGGAUGACAGUGCAAUAUGACAGUAUGGGAAGGGUGAUUAAGAGGGAGCUAAAACUGGGGCCUUAUGCUAACACCACUAAGUACACCUAUGACUAUGAUGGGGAUGGGCAGCUCCAGAGUGUGGCUGUCAAUGACCGCCCAACCUGGCGCUACAGCUAUGACCUCAAUGGGAACCUCCACUUGCUGAACCCGGGAAAUAGUGUACGCCUUAUGCCCUUGCGCUAUGAUCUCCGGGAUCGGAUAACCAGACUCGGAGAUGUGCAGUACAAAAUUGACGAUGAUGGCUAUCUGUGCCAGCGAGGGGCUGACAUCUUUGAGUAUAACUCCAAGGGCCUCCUAACAAGAGCCUACAACAAGGCCAGUGGGUGGAGUGUCCAGUACCGCUACGAUGGUGUGGGGCGGCGGGCUUCCUACAAGACCAACCUGGGCCACCACCUGCAAUAUUUCUACUCUGACCUCCACAACCCGACCCGCAUCACCCAUGUCUAUAAUCAUUCCAACUCAGAGAUCACCUCACUCUACUAUGACCUCCAAGGUCACCUCUUUGCCAUGGAGAGCAGCAGUGGGGAGGAGUACUAUGUUGCCUCAGAUAACACAGGCACUCCUCUGGCUGUGUUCAGCAUCAACGGUCUCAUGAUCAAACAACUGCAGUACACAGCCUAUGGGGAGAUUUAUUAUGACUCCAACCCUGACUUCCAGAUGGUCAUUGGCUUCCAUGGUGGACUCUAUGAUCCCCUGACUAAGCUGGUCCACUUCACUCAGCGUGAUUAUGAUGUGCUGGCAGGACGAUGGACCUCUCCAGACUACACCAUGUGGAAAAAUGUGGGCAAGGAGCCAGCCCCCUUUAACCUAUAUAUGUUCAAGAGCAACAAUCCUCUCAGCAAUGAGCUGGAUUUGAAGAACUACGUGACAGAUGUGAAAAGCUGGCUUGUGAUGUUUGGAUUUCAGCUUAGCAACAUAAUUCCUGGCUUCCCAAGAGCCAAAAUGUAUUUCGUGCCUCCUCCCUAUGAAUUGUCAGAGAGUCAAGCCAGUGAGAAUGGACAGCUCAUUACAGGUGUCCAGCACACAACAGAGAGGCAUAAUCAGGCCUUCAUGGCUCUGGAAGGGCAGGUCAUCUCCAAAAGGCUCCAUGCCAACAUCCGAGAGAAAGCAGGCCACUGGUUUGCCACCACCACACCCAUCAUCGGCAAAGGCAUCAUGUUCGCCAUCAAAGAAGGGCAAGUGACCACCGGCGUGUCCAGCAUCGCCAGCGAGGACAGCCGCAAGGUGGCCUCCGUGCUGAACAACGCCUACUACCUGGACAAGAUGCACUACAGCAUCGAGGGCAAGGACACCCACUACUUCGUGAAGAUCGGCUCGGCCGACGGCGACCUGGUCACGCUGGGCACCACAAUCGGCCGCAAGGUGCUGGAGAGUGGGGUGAACGUGACCGUGUCGCAGCCCACACUGCUGGUCAACGGCAGGACUCGAAGGUUCACCAACGUUGAAUUCCAGUACUCCACGCUGCUGCUCAGCAUCCGCUACGGCCUCACCCCCGACACCCUGGAUGAAGAGAAGGCCCGCGUCCUGGACCAGGCGAGACAGAGGGCCCUGGGCACCGCCUGGGCCAAGGAGCAGCAGAAAGCCAGGGACGGGAGAGAGGGAAGCCGCCUGUGGACUGAGGGCGAGAAGCAGCAGCUCCUGAGCACGGGACGCGUGCAAGGUUACGAGGGAUAUUAUGUGCUUCCCGUAGAGCAAUACCCAGAGCUUGCAGACAGUAGCAGCAACAUCCAGUUUUUAAGACAGAAUGAGAUGGGAAAGAGGUAACAAAAUCAUCUGCUGCCAUUCCUUGUCUGGAUGGCUCAGCGGGAGUAACUGUUAUCUCCUCUCCUAAGGAGAUGAAGACCUACCAGGGGCACUGAGGCCGGGCUGCUUCAGGAUACCAAGUGGCAAGAAAGCUCACAUUUUUUGAGUUCAAAUGCUACUGUCCAAGCGAGAAGUCCCACACCCUGAAGUAGACUAAAGCCUGGCUGAAAAUUCUGAGGAAAACGAAACAAACGAAUGAAUGAGCAAACACACAAAAUGUUCCAAGUUCCCCUAAAAUAUGACCCACUUGUUCUGGGUCUACACAGAAAAAUAACAAAACAAAACAAAAAAGACGCAAAAUGUCUAAAAGGAACAAAAGAACAGAAAAACACAGCAAAAUAAAAAACACAAAAAACGAAAAGCAAAACAUACACACUGACCGAAAAACAAAGACGUGAAGACGAGAAGGCCUCCUAUUCUAUUACCUCACUCAUCCACACGUGAGCGACGCAGAGACAUCCCACAGGGCCGGCAUCACAGACCAGCUGAGGAAACCGAAUCAGACUGCUUGUUGUUGGACAAAUACUACAGACGUUUUCGUUUAAACAAAUACAGGUGCAUUUAAAACACGACUUUGGGGGGUGAUUUGUGUGUAGCGACCGGGGAGGGGGGGGAUAAAAGUGAAAGAGUGAGCACUGGAAAUACUUUUUAAAGAAAAAAAAAAAAACUAAAAACACACAAAAAAAGGAAACAUCAAAAAUCAAAGCGAAAUAAUACCGUUCAGCACUUAACUCUCAGGUCCCAACUUAGUCCGGCCUGAGCUAAUUUAUUUGAGCGCAGAGUGUAAAAUUUAAUUCAAAAUGGUGGCUAUAAUCACUACAGAUAAAUUUCAUACUUUUUUGUCUUUGAAGAUUCCAUUGUGGACAGUAAUACGCAGUUACAGGGUGUAGUCUGUUUAGAUUCCGUAGUUCGUGGGUAUCAGUGGAAGUAGAGCUGUGGCAUUGUGACACUCUUUUGCUAACGGGCACCACUUCAGAUCACCCUGUACAUACAUAAGCCUCAAGGCACAAUCACUGUUUCAGAUUUAAAAUUAUUAGUGUGUUUGUUUGGUCCAGAAACUGAGACAAUCACAUGACAGUCACCACGAAGAGAGAAAAUUAAAAAAUUUAAAAAAAAACCCACAAAAAAAAAAAAAAUCCAAAAAAAAAAAGUCUAAUAAGAACUUUGGUACAGGAACUUUUUUGUAAUAUACAUGUAUGAAUUGUUCAUCGAGUUUUUAUAUUAAUUUUAAUUUGCUGCUAAGCAAAGACUAGGGACAGGCAAAGAUAAUUUAUGGCAAAGUGUUUAAAUUGUUUAUACAUAAAUAAAGUCUCUAAAACUCCUGUGGA